UAGUUAAAAGUUGAAACAUCUCUAAUGUUGAAGAGCGCCGCGUAUGGCAGCAGAAAACUUCGAACUUCACUUUAGGUCUCUGGAAGCUGACGUACGUGGCUAGCCGGAGACAUCUCUAACCCAUGUGGCGACUGAGGGAUGUUACACGAGUCCAUUCGAAAACUCAGCCUUCACCUUCUUCACUUCAACAAAAUUGUCUUCGCCAACGCAGAGAGCGUGGAAGCAAUGAAUCGCCUCAAAACCUAUCUAACAUUUCCCGGAUCUUUUGCGCGCAAUUGCAGAACCUUCCAUCACACCUCCCCGAAACAAUUUCCUGAUCACAAAACCCAUUUUGAACAUGCUGGUCCCUUGGUUUCACUCCUCAAGUCCAGGUCGGUUAUCCGAUUUCGAGGGACUGACACCUUGAAGUUCCUUCAGGGACUGUUAACCAACGAUGUAAGCAGGUUUGGUAAACCUGUUGGUGAAAAAACCGCUAAUCUGCCUACACCUAAUGUACCAGUUGCAUCAGCUCCGCCUGUAUAUGCUGCCCUUCUAACACCUCAAGGUAGAUUCCUCUACGACCUUUUUCUCUUUAAGCCACCCAGGUCUGAGACGAAGCUUGAUAAGAUUGGGACGGGGCCUGGGACUGACUCUGAUGAACCGUUUAAUUUGUUUGCCGAUGUGGAUGCUUCGGUAUUGGAUGAACUUUUGGAAACCUUAAAGAAAUACCGACUGAGGUCUAAGGUUGCGAUUGAUAAUGUCACUGAAGAUUUCUCAUGCUGGCAACGCUAUGGCCCUUGCCUUUCUGAGAAGCUGCCAGAUGUGGAUGAACCAGAGGCAGCUUCUGUUGGCUGGGGUGCUGGUGUGGAUCGUUCUGCAACAUCAGCUUCACGUGGGAGUAAUCUUGGGUGGCAAUGGUUCAAGGACCCUCGAUUGGACUGUCUUGGUUUUAGAGGGAUCUUCCCAUCUAAUGUAACACCACCUCUGGUUGAGGUUGACAAAGAAACAGAUGAAGAGAAUUAUCUUUUUUGGAGAAUAAAAAAGGGAGUUGCAGAGGGAUCAACUGAGAUUCAAAAGGGUGAGGCAGUACCACUUGAGUAUAACCUUGCAGGCCUUAAUGCAAUUAGCUUUGACAAGGGUUGCUAUGUGGGACAAGAGUUCAUAGCUCGUACACAUCACCGAGGGGUGAUUCGCAAGCGAGUAGUACCUAUAAGAUUUGUCACCAAUGGUGGGAAAGAAGUAGAAGAUAAAGUUAUUCCAGGCUCAGAAAUAAUUGACACAACGAGUGGCAGGAAAGCUGGUUUCGUGAAUACUGCCCUCGGAUGUUGUGGGCUAGGGCUUUUGCGAAUGGAGGCAGCUUUUAAAGGUUCUGGCACUUUAUCUAUAGAGGGUCAAGAUAAUGUGAAGGUUGAGGCUGUUCGGCCAAAAUGGUGGCCUUCUAAGUGGCUUGAAGAUCAUCAACAUCACAUUGCUUUUGCCUAGGAUGCUCAAUGCUCUUGUCCAAAGGCCAAGUGCACGCGGCAAUUCAAUCCUUGGAGGCCACUGUGUGAAUCAAUGUAUUCCAAAUAUUUAAGGUGUUCAUAUUGGGAUAAGAAUUGUAGCGUCAUCGGAAUUAUUUCUGGAGGAGAGUCAUGAAGAUGGCUGUUGGAGUUUUCUUAUGAAAUAAGUUUCAAUAAAGGGGAUUGUGGUCUACCACUUUACCCUUGAGUUUUCCAGGGUCCUGAGAACUUCAAGAGAUCUGAAAAAUUUUGUACUGAGACAUUAGAAACAAAUCAUGUCUCUAAGAUUUUGUAGUUGUGCCUAUCCUGAAUUUGUAUUUUGUCAGUUGCUGGUGGGGAUGAGAUGAGCAUGAGAAUCAACUUGGAUGAGUUGAAUACGUUCAUGCUGAAUCUGUUGAUAUUUUCAUUGUUUAAGCGCCCACUGAACUAAAAAAGAAGUUAUCAACAUUGAUCGAAAUACUAAAUUUCAUAAUGAAUUUAUCGUGUGAAA